AUGGAAGUAGUGUCGGGGCUGAAGGAAGAGGCUGUUCGAAAGUUUCUGUCGGACGGAGGGCAAGUUGUGGCGGCACGACCCUUAGAAAGGUUCCAGCUUCAGAUCACUGCAGUUUCCAGGUAAAACACUAGCAGUUUCAUUGCAUACAUUCAUUGAUUUUCCAGAGAAGGACGUCUUCUUCGAGGCGUGCUCGGCCAGAAGUCGCGGGUGAAUCGGGAGCUGAUGCACCGGGAGAUCUACGAGACGCCGUACAUCGUCGAGUUGCCGGGCGACCAUUCCGAAGGCAGUGAAGACGUCCGAUACAGUGUUUCGUUGGUCGGUGCGAACGAUCUCUUAGAAUGCCUUCUGAACUAUUCAUUUCCAGCCGCGGAAAAGACGGGUGAUUGCGUUGCGAUACGAAGAGCGAACACCGUCGACGUCUUCAGAAGGCAAAACGAAGAGGAUCCGAACGGCGGCCCAGUUACUCGGAGAAAAAGAAGAUUACUGUUGUCGAGUGAGCACGGCUGGACAAAAACACCUCAGUUUUCCCAUCGGAUACCAUAAAAAGUUAGGGUCCGAUCGGAUAAUUGAAAGUGGUCUAUGCCAUCGAAACGCCGUGCAAAUUAUUGUUAUUUCAGACGUGCUUCAAGAGAUUUACCCGCAAGUUCAACCUUGAACGACACGAAGAAUCGUGUCUCCCGAAACCCAUACUCUAUCAGUGUCCCGUUUGUCAGCGGAAAUAUCAGAAGGCGCCGUACUUUGCGGUAUUUUGCUUUUUGCACUCACUCUAUGAAUUCGCUUUUUCGCUCAGGCACACAUCCGAAUGCACGAAGACGAAGAACGGAAGCAGGAGGCUCGAUCGAAUCGGCUCGCAAUUCAGCAGAAUGACGUGGAAGAAAUGCGGCGGCAGGCUGAGCAAUCAGUGGACCGUCUCGCUAUUCCCUACGAAUUCGGCGCAUUUCUCUGA